AUGACGAAAGCAUGGAUGAUUCCAAAGGUUUCGCACGAUCUUUCGUUCGCACUUUGUGACUAUCUUCGCGAGAAAAUGUACCUUGAUGCGCUAAUCAAGCUGUUCAUUGGACAGACUACCUGCGAACCAGGUAACGACUUUUCACCCACGCACCAUUUUGGCAGUGGAUACAUAGUAAGUACAUUUCCAGUUCGUCUGGCAUGUGGGCGCGUACUGGAGGAGUGUAUGUCGUUAAACAAUCGCGAGUACAUAGUCAACAAGGUCAGCAGAAUUUUUGUUUGCUUACAUAUCAUUCUGCAAAACCUUCUGCUCCAGGGAUGGCUGAAGAAGAUUGUGACGAUGGCGAUGAAGUUGAAUAAAAAUGCUGAACAACAGCGAAUGAGCCUUAGCAUUAUGGAAAGCAUGUUCAAACAUAGUUCAAGCACUUCUCUAAAGUAUGAGCUGUUAUUUACCGAUAAAUCAGCUCAGCUGUUACUUUCCAAACGAGAAUGCUUACACUUAUAG